ACAUCCAAAAUGAACCCAGCCCUUGGUAUUCAAAAUCACUUUAAGGGGAAGUAGAGCUUUUUCUUUCAUGUACCUGGACCAGUAGUUCACUUACUCUGGAAGUCAAGAGGCCCCAUGGACUGCCCAGCCCAGCUGCUGUGGAAUGUGGCAAAGAAAGAGGGUGAGAGGGCCUGGAUGACUCCCAUGCUGGUAGUAUUAUACAAACAUGGGAGAAAAAAACAUGCUUCCCCUCCUGGCCUACAGGAGCGCUUGAAAGCCUGCUCAUCUGCAAGCCCUAGGGCUGGACUCUACAUCACAGCAGUGGAUACUCCAUCUCCAUUGAGAACCCGAUGACUGGUCAGUGCCCAACCCCAUCCUCAACCCAACCAGGAUGAAGAACGGGCAAGCCAGAUAGCUACAGUAAUCGACAGACAGACAAACAGGAGCAUCAUAUGACCCAGGGGCCAGCAAGUCUCACCCCAGUGGCACCAUCUUACUUUUGCAGAGCUCUUGCUCGCAAAGUGCAGCUAGGGGAACCCAGGCCUCCUGAUGGCAAAUGCUCCUUCUUUCUGCCCCCUACGUGCCAAGAGCGAGGAGGGAAGGUAUCUGUUGGCUCACUGUGUGGUCUUGGCAAUACCUGAACACCUUUUAUGGCUGCCCCAAGGAAAGCUGCAACCUGUUUGUGCUGAAGGACACACUAAAGAAGAUGCAGAAGUUCUUUGGACUGCCUCAGACAGGUGAUCUUGACCAGAAUACCAUCGAGACCAUGCGGAAGCCACGCUGCGGCAACCCAGAUGUGGCCAACUACAACUUCUUCCCUCGCAAGCCCAAGUGGGACAAGAACCAGAUCACAUACAGGAUCGUUGGCUACACGCCUGAUCUGGACCCAGAGACGGUGGAUGAUGCCUUUGCUCGUGCCUUCCAAGUCUGGAGUGAUGUGACCCCACUGCGGUUUUCUCGAAUCCAUGAUGGAGAGGCAGACAUCAUGAUCAACUUUGGCCGCUGGGAGCAUGGCGAUGGAUACCCCUUUGAUGGUAAGGACGGACUCCUGGCUCAUGCCUUCGCCCCAGGCACUGGUGUUGGGGGAGACUCCCACUUUGAUGAUGAUGAGCUAUGGACCUUGGGAGAAGGCCAAGUGGUCCGUGUGAAGUACGGGAACGCCGAUGGGGAGUACUGCAAGUUCCCCUUCUUGUUCAAUGGCAAGGAGUACAACAGCUGCACUGACACUGGCCGCAGCGAUGGCUUCCUCUGGUGCUCCACCACCUACAACUUUGAGAAGGAUGGCAAGUACGGCUUCUGUCCCCACGAAGCCCUGUUCACCAUGGGUGGCAACGCUGAAGGACAGCCCUGCAAGUUCCCAUUCCGCUUCCAGGGCACAUCCUAUGACAGCUGCACCACUGAGGGCCGCACGGAUGGCUACCGCUGGUGCGGCACCACUGAGGACUACGACCGCGACAAGAAGUAUGGCUUCUGCCCCGAAACCGCCAUGUCCACUGUUGGUGGGAACUCAGAAGGUGCCCCCUGUGUCUUCCCCUUCACUUUCCUGGGCAACAAAUAUGAGAGCUGCACCAGCGCCGGCCGCAGUGAUGGAAAGAUGUGGUGUGCGACCACAGCCAACUACGAUGACGACCGCAAGUGGGGCUUCUGCCCUGACCAAGGGUACAGCCUGUUCCUCGUGGCAGCCCACGAGUUUGGCCACGCCAUGGGGCUGGAGCACUCCCAGGACCCUGGGGCCCUGAUGGCGCCCAUUUACACCUACACCAAGAACUUCCGUCUGUCCCAGGAUGACAUCAAGGGCAUUCAGGAGCUCUAUGGGGCCUCUCCUGACAUUGACCUUGGCACCGGCCCCACCCCCACACUGGGCCCUGUCACUCCUGAGAUCUGCAAACAGGACAUUGUCUUUGAUGGCAUCUCUCAGAUCCGUGGUGAGAUCUUCUUCUUCAAGGACCGGUUCAUUUGGCGGACCGUGACGCCACGUGACAAGCCCAUGGGGCCCCUGCUGGUGGCCACAUUCUGGCCUGAGCUCCCGGAAAAGAUUGAUGCGGUAUACGAGGCCCCACAGGAGGAGAAGGCUGUGUUCUUUGCAGGGAAUGAAUACUGGAUCUACUCAGCCAGCACCCUGGAGCGAGGGUACCCCAAGCCACUGACCAGCCUGGGACUGCCCCCUGAUGUCCAGCGAGUGGAUGCUGCCUUUAACUGGAGCAAAAACAAGAAGACAUACAUCUUUGCUGGAGACAAAUUCUGGAGAUACAAUGAGGUGAAGAAGAAAAUGGAUCCUGGCUUCCCCAAGCUCAUCGCAGAUGCCUGGAAUGCCAUCCCCGAUAACCUGGAUGCCGUCGUGGACCUGCAGGGCAGCGGUCACAGCUACUUCUUCAAGGGUGCUUAUUACCUGAAGCUGGAGAACCAAAGUCUGAAGAGCGUGAAGUUCGGAAGCAUCAAAUCCGACUGGCUAGGCUGCUGAGCUGGCCCUGGCUCCCACAGGCCCUUCCUCUCCACUGCCUUCCAUACACCGGGCCUGGAGCACUAGAGAAGGACCCGGAAGGGCCUGGCAGCCAUGCCUUCAGCUCUACAGCUAAUCAGCAUUCUCACUCCUACCUGGUAAUUUAAGAUUCCAGAGAGUGGCUCCUCCCUGUGCCCAAGAAUAGAUGCUGACUGUACUCCUCCCAGGCGCCCCUUCCCCCUCCAAUCCCACCAACCCUCAGAGCCACCCCUAAAGAGAUACUUUGAUAUUUUCAAUGCAGCCCUGCUUUGGGCUGCCCUGGUGCUGCCACACUUCAGACUCUUCUCCCUUCACAAGCUUCUGUGGCUCACAGCACCCUUGGAGCCAAUGGAGACUAUCUCAAGAGGGCACUGGUGGCCCGACAGCCUGGCAUAGGGCAGUGGGAUAGGGGCAUGGCCAGGUGGCCACUCCAAACCCCUGGCUUUUCACUGCUGGCUGCCUUAGAACCUUUCUUACAUUAGCAGUUUGCUUGUAUGCACUUUGUUUUUUUCUUUGGGUCUUGUUUUUUUUUUUCCACUUAGAAAUUGCAUUUCCUGACAGAAGGACUCAGGUUGUCUGAAGUCACUGCACAGUGCAUCUCAGCCCACAUAGUGAUGGUUCCCUUGUUCACUCUAUUUAGCAUGUCCCUACCGAGUCUCUUCUCCACUGGAUGGAGGAAAACCAAGCCGUGGCUUCCCGCUCAGCCCACCCUGCCCCUCCCUUCAACCGUUCCCCAUGGGAAAUGUCAACAAGUAUGAAUAAAGACACCUAUUGAGUGGC